GUUAGAUGAGGAGAACAUCAUCUUAAUAAAACUUUGAAGGAAGAAGAGAUUCAAAUCAUUUAGUUGGACUCAUGGGUGAGAAUGAGAAACUUCAUAAAUAAAACGAAUCCUUAAUGAAGGAAUUAAGUCUAAUUAAAAAUGAUUUUGAGAGGAUGUCUAUAAAUGGUUAAAAGACAGUUAAGAAUGGACGUAGAAAGAGUUGUGAAAUCACAGGCGAAAUGGUAAAUUAAUAAUAAAUAAAAUCUCUUGAAGAAGAACUACAAAAUACAUUAUUGAGAUUCAACACAAUAAAAAAAGAAUUCUCGAUAAAAACAAAUUAAUAUUAAAAUUAAAUAACAAAAUAAUCUAACCUAAUAUCUUAGUUAUAAAAUGAAAAUGAAAUAUUAAAGAUUAAGAAUGAAAAUAAAGAAAAUUUCGAGUUUAGAUAAGGUUAUUAAGAAAAUUAUUUAGAAAAAUCAGGCAUUAAAAUUAUUAAUGAAAAUCAAAAAAUUAAAUAAUUAUAUGAAAGCAAUAUUAAAUUGACAAAAUUACUUGAAGACAGGUUGGUUUAAUUAGAAUAAUUAACUAAAACACUAAAUUAAAAGAACUAAGAGCAUAUGAAGGAAAUCGAAAAAUAUGAAUCUUUAUUAAAGGAAAAAACUCAUCACUCUUCAUUAUCUUAACGAAAAAGUCUUGAAUCCUUAUAAAAAAAGAUAGAUAUUCUCGAAAAAGAUAAAAUUCGAUUAAAUAGUGAAUUAACUAAAACUAGAGAUUUAAAUUCAAAAGAGAAAUAAAUGUUAUUAAAAGAAAAAUAAAAUUUAAAUUUAGAAAAAGAGAAAUUACAUUCAGAUAUGUCAAUUAUUUAAGAGUAAUUAACGGAUUACUACAAUUAAUUAUAGUAAUGUGGAUAAUAACUUAAAUAAAAAGAUGAAAGUAUUAAAUAAUUUUAAUAAUCUGAGAGUUAUUAGGGAUAUUAAAAUGUUUAGAUUGAAAACUAAUAAUAAAAAGCAUUGAUAACUUAAUUACAAAUUUAGAUUGGAAAUCUUUAAUAAACCAAUAAAGCUCUUCAUGAGGAAUUAUUGUUUUUAAAGACUACUGCUCCAUUAAGUAAUAGGACAAAUUUGAAGACAUAUUUUGGAGUAGAUUCUCCAUUCAAAAAUAUAGCAGAUGAAUAAAAUAAAUACACUGUUACUUUAAGUAAGAAUAUAAGCAUAUUUUAUUAGAAACAAAAACUUAAAGUUCAUAAGAUUAGAGAGGCAGAUCUUAGGAGAAAUAUAAAAAAAUAGAAUGA